UGGGCGGGCGCCUCUCAUGCGGCGGGGUGCGUGUUUCCGGAAGACGUGGCCGCCGCCGGUGCCGCUCCCGCUCGUCCCGGAGCCGGUGCCGCUCCCGCCGCCACCAUGAUCUCCCUGUCCGACACGCAGAAGAUUGGAAUGGGCCUAACAGGCUUUGGAGUGUUUUUCCUCUUCUUUGGAAUGAUACUCUUCUUUGACAAAGCUCUUUUGGCUAUUGGAAAUGUUUUAUUUGUGGCCGGCUUGUCUUUUGUUAUCGGUUUAGAAAGAACAUUUAGAUUCUUCUUUCAAAAACACAAAAUGAAAGCAACGGGCUUCUUCCUGGGUGGGGUGCUCAUAGUUCUCAUUGGUUGGCCUUUAAUAGGAAUGAUCCUUGAAAUUUAUGGGUUCUUCCUAUUGUUCAGGGGGUUCUUUCCUGUGGUGGUUGGCUUUAUUAGAAGAGUUCCAGUUCUUGGAUAUCUCUUGAAUUUACCUGGUAUUAGCUCGCUUGUAGAUAAAGUUGGAGAAAGCAACAACAUGGUAUAAUGACGAGAGGGUGGAAGACUGAUCUAAACUUUUACUGUAUUAUUUAUAAAAUCCCUUUGAAGAACACUCAGCACAAAGAUUAAGUUGUGUACAAAGGAAAAAGCUUGUUACAUUCUUUACAUAACAGUUUAAUUUAAAAUGUAUAGUCAACAAUAUACAUUAGAAAAGAAGCUCAGCAAGUGUGCUUCUAGGAAAGUAACUCCAGAGUUCGGGAAGUAAACGGAAGAGGGGAAAGUCAUGGAAUAACCCGUGUUACAACUGUUCAAGACUGUUUUUGUUGGUUUUGGAAAAUAAGCUAGAGGCAAUGAACCCUUGUGGAAUUAACAGUGCCUGUUCUUUACCUCCUUAUUUUGAAGGUGCAGUAGAGCAAACAGGCCUACAUUUUUAAUGGUGACCCAAAUUUACCCAACCCUCUGCUUGCUAUCCUCAGAGUGCAAAAAAUCAAACAGGAAACUUCUUGUGUAACAAGAGAUGCAUCUUUGCAUGAAGGUUAAGAUGACUGUUCAUCUAUAAGUAUAUUAUGACAAUAAAAAAGGAAACCCUACACAGUUCUGUUGUAAACAUUUUUGUAAAUAUGUGGCUGAAAUUACAGCAUUGUUAUCUUAAUGUUUCAAAGCCAAAUGUUAGUUUGAUUGUAUUUGCCUUCCGUUUCGGAAUAUGCAAAAGGUCAAUCUUUAAUAACUUUGUUCUCCAGUGCUGGUUCUGACCAUGUAGAGCUCAGUGGGGAACCCUGGAAGCUGACUUGCAGUCCUUCCAGGUUGUUCUCCUUGAGCCAUGUUACAUGUGCAUCCUUGAUGAGAAUGUAGCCCCUUGCCACUAACAUGAAAACUUUGUGAAAUGUGCUUAGUUCACAAAAUCUGCAUUAGGUUGAGGUGCUGAUGUGAACCCUGUGACAUGUAACUCAUCCAAAUUUGGAGCUUUGUUUUUAAACAGUUUGAAACUAAGCUUUCUUUGUUUACUCUGGAACUACAAAUUGACUUUUUAUUUUUUACAGUAAUAAAAUGGAAACCUAAAGCUCUGUGUAUGUGAGUCUCUGGGGAGAAAACGGAGUGACUGGGGCUGACUAAAGAUCAAGUGCCAAUCUCCAUUUGUUUGUAACUUGUUACUGGGUUAUCUUCAAACAACUCUUGGUUACAGCAACAGCUUUUAUUGUUACAGAGGAUUCUAACCUGGAAUAACUGUCCCCUCCUAAUGCACAUUUCUGCUUCUGUUGCUGUUUAAGGUUGUGCACUUUCAAUAGUCUUAGUUACAGUGUCCUAACCUAACAAACCCUGCUUGUUCAGUGAAUUGUGUUUGUGGAGGCAAGGGGGGGGGGGGUUCUGUUAUGUUUCACUUUCUUUUCCCUUUCGUGUAAUCCUGAAACAAUUACCCAAUGUAGUAUUUAAAAGUAGCUAUGUAGCCUAAAGGUCUACUGUCUGGGGGGGGUUGUCUGUUUGUUUGUUUUCUUUACUGUGCAGUUAAAAUUGGAAUUUUCCAAAGCAAGUUUUAAGUUUUUAAAAAAAAUCCUCAUAUACCAACUCUUUUGAAAGUUGCUCUGAAGUUUAUUUGUAUAAAACAUGGGGCUUUUUCAUUGUAAGUGUAUAAAUAGCCAUAAUUUACUAUUAUUAAGAUUUAAUUUGCUUCCUUCUAAAACAGGCACAAAUGAUUCAGGGGAAAAAAAAACAAAAAACAAUAAACCCAACCUGUUAUUUUACAAUUAAUAAUAUCUGAAAAAAUCCCUGGGUUUAUUUUAUAAAUGACCAAUAAUGGUUAUAUUUGCUUGAUGGCUUGUUCAUUACAGUUUAGAGACAGGAGUAAAUAUGACUUGUGGGCUCUACCUCAAGAGAUAAACCAUUUUAGAUAACCCAAUUUUAACUGCUCCUAUAGCUCUGUUGUGUGUCACAAUGACUAGAGAAUACCACUCUGUAGCCAACUUGUCCUGUUUGCUGUGCUAGGGCACUAGUCUGUGCUGUGGGAACCAAGUGCUGUCUAAAACAGACAGUCUUCAUCAUUUACCUUAGAAAUCAGCUACCUGAAGGUUUCUGUUCUUCUGUCUUGAAAAAUAAUGUGAUGGAAAAGGUGGAUUGCACCCCAUGACUGUGGAUCUCUGGCUGCAGCAACUUGCUGGGUAAGCUGAAGUACCUUCAUCCACAAGAAAGCUGAUGAUGUUUUUUGGAGGUGGUUAAUGUGUUGCUGUGGAUGAUCUUUUGCCUCUCUGAAAAGCUGGGGUAUAGGCAGGUCAUCUCAUUUAUAUUUAAUUAAUUGUUUUAAAUCAAAAGUCAAUUUUUUGUCACAUGUGAACUGCUGUGAAAAGCAUUUGAGGGAACAGAAUUGUAUGUUGAAUUUAGCACAGUCUGUCCCUCAAGGCAAUGUUGUCUUUGGGACAGUUUUGUCAAGAUAAAUGUGGGUGGCAGCAAAGGUCAAAACAACUUAGCCUUAAAGUGUUUCUGUCCUUGUAAAAAUAUCUCUAACAGAAACAUGCUUGGAAUGUUUCCCCUUUUAAAUGUAAUUUAUAAUUGCUGCUUUAAAACUCAUAAGGAUGGAUCUUAUUCUGAGCAAACGAAUACUGUAAAUAUCCUUGUCAUACCUUGAAUAAAUGGGUACCUUUUUCUAUAA